CCCCAUGCUCCUCCUGUAAUUGGUCAAGAGGCGAUCAGAGCCAAUAUGAGGCUGACUUCGCUGCAGUCGGCGGCGCAUCGACGCGCGCACAUCAGCGGCGCAGCCGACGGCAUCGCUCGUGUCUCACGUCUGAGCAAAUCUCUCGGGGGCUUUAGACCGACAGGCGUUGCCUGACACCGUAUGAAGAAGUGUGUGUGUGUGUGUGUGUGUGUGUGUGUGUGUGUGCAUGUGUCGAAUCCACUCCUCCUGCAGCUGCCGUGAGAUGCCGUGAGAUGUUUCGCCAUGGCGAGAGCUCCGUUUCCGUGGGGUUUCGUCAGAAAGCCUCUGUACAUCCAGGCCAGAUUCUCCUACCUACGCAUGAGGUACCUGUUCUUCUCCUGGCUGACGGUGUUCGUGGGCAGCUGGAUAGUGUACGUGAAGUACUCGUCCUACACGGAGCUGUGUCGUGGGCACGACUGCAAGAAUUCAAUAUGUGACAAAUACAAAAAAGGAGUCAUCGACGGCUCGGCCUGCAGCAGCCUGUGCGAGAAAGAUACGCUUUAUCUGGGAAAGUGUUUCACUUCCAAGCCCAACAGCCAGGUUUACUCGGGGAGCUGGGGAGACCUGGAGGGAGUCAUUAAAUGCCAGAUGGAGGAGGCUCCUCACUAUGAUUUGGGAAACGAGAUAGAGCCCAGGAAGGCGGCCGUGGCCUUCGACAAGCCCGCGAAGGGCACCUCGGUGGAAAUGUUCAGGGAGAUGAUCCUCAACCACCUAAAGGCUAAAGUGGGGGAUCAGUCCAACCUCGCGGACCUGGCAGGCCAAGUGCUGUCCGUUGCAGACGCCAACAAGGACGGCCACAUCACACUGCCCGAGGCCCGCUCCACGUGGGCUCUGCUGCAGCUCAACGAGUUCCUGUUGGCGCUGGUCCUACGAGACAGGGAGCACACGCCCAAGCUGCUGGGCUUCUGCGGAGACCUGUACGUGGUGGAGAAGGUGCCACACUCUCCACUUUAUGGCAUCAGCCUACCCUGGAUCAUGGAGGUGUGGAUUCCCGCGGGUCUGCGGCGCAGCAUGGACCAGUGGUUCACCCCGUCGUGGCCCCACAAGGCCAAGAUCUCCAUCGGCCUGCUGGAGCUGGUCGAGGACGUUUUCCACGGCACAUUCGGCAGCUUCCUCAUGUGCGACGUGAGCGCCACGAGCUUCGGCUACAACGACCGCCACGACCUGAAGGUGAUGGACGCGCGGCACAUCGUUCCUGAGGCGACCUUCCAGGAGGGCAUCAGGCAACAGCACUGCAACGUGGACGAGGACUGCCUCUACGGCGCCGACUGCCUCACCUCCUGCGACCUCACCAAGCACCGCUGCACGCCCGAGGUGACCAGGCCGAACUUGGCCAAAGCCUGCGAGGCCCUCAAGGACUACGUUCUGAGGGGAGCGCCGUCCGAUGUGCGCGAGGAGCUCGAGAAGCAGCUGUACGCCUGCAUCGCGCUGAAAGGCUCGGCGGAGCAGAUGGAAAUCGAACACUCGCUGAUUCUGAACAAUCUCAAGACUUUGCUAUGGAAGAAAAUCUCUCACACAAAAGACUCCUAACAGACUGGAGUGUACUGCACAGACACAAAGACAGAAUCCUGUCCCGUCGAGUUUUUAAAAUAGAAAUAAUCAUUCACUGUGGUAAAAAACAGGAUUCCUCUCAUCCUAACACCUAUAACUGAAGUAUUUUAUCUUCAAGGAUUUAUUCCUGCAGCUGUUAUGGAAAGCCACUUUAAUAUUACAUUAUGUAUUAAGAACACAUUUUUAAUGUACUUAAGCAAAAAUUACAGUAGUUUUUUGGAAACCACCACUGAUAAAUAAAUUUGACCAAGAAUCAUGUGCAUAGAGUCAGUGCUUGCUUAGGCUUUUUCAGUCCAUCAAUCUGGGUAGUUCCAACUUUUCCCAUGAACAAGACAAGGCACUGUUUAUUAGUCUUUUCAUUGCAUGACUCAAGCAUACAAGUACUUCUAUGAC